UCGGUAUGGCACAGACUGUAUGCAACACUGCAGCCGCUUCUGUGUCAGUGACGGUCGAAAUAACACCGCGUGCAACCACGUGACUGGGGACUGCUUGCAUGGCUGUGAGACUGGCUACCAAGCCCCAUCAUGUGUGUCAGUCUGUGACCAAGGGAAAUAUGGCCCAAGUUGUGGAUUAGACUGUAGUCCGGCGUGUUUAAAACCGGAGGGCCAUGAAAGGACUUUCUGCAAUCGUUUCAAUGGCUCCUGUGUGUACGGCUGUAACAAGGGAUACUACGGGCCGACCUGCAGUGUGUCGUGUCUACCAAAUACCUACGGUAAAGACUGCAGGUUCUCAUGCGGAAGGGGAUGUGUAUCUUCCAAUGACUCGACCAACACGUCCUGCCAUCACAUCAGUGGAGACUGCUUCUAUGGAUGUGUUGAUGGAUACAAUGGAUCGUUAUGCCAGAACA